AUGGACGAAGGCGCUUCGGACGUCGCUGGUUGGAAGAGGGGCCGAGGCCGGGGCAUUUGGCCAGGACCGGUGACGAGGGAGGCCAGCGACGAAGCAACUGCCGAGUUGCUCGUACUUACUUACAUGUUCAGUCAGUGGUCAGUCAGCCAGGGUCUCGGCGGUGAAGGGGGAGGUCGCGCAAGACAUGGACCCAAUGAGGGAGGUGGAAGCGCGGGGGACAAAGAGGAUCGAGGGAUGCCGGGUUUGCCGAACGGCCCCGAGUCUGAAGACGGAGUGGUGGGCCGCUUUCGAGGUGUUGCUCGAUCGGCGCCGGGCAGGAGUGAGCUUAGUGGAUACGGCUGUCCGUUCUUCAUCGGACAUGCCGCGCCCUGGUCCGACCAUCUGAAGUCGCCGACGAGCCCUCCUUUCGGCCAACAGCAUCCGCACUUGGGACCAGAGGGGGCUCACGUUGUCUCCUCCCUCUCUUCCGUGACGACCGAGAUUGCAUCUGCCGAAGAGCCCAUCCCAUCGUCAGUCGCGGCCAAGUCCAACUGA